AUGGCGCGACACGAUCCUAAUCCAUUUGCUGAUGAAGAGAUCAAUCCUUUCGCGAAUCAUACAAGUGUUCCUCCUGCAAGCAACUCCUAUCUCAAACCGCUUCCACCGGAACCUUAUGAUCGUGGUGUUACCGUUGACAUCCCUUUGGAUUCCGGCAAGGAUCUUCGAGCUAAAGAGAUGGAACUUCAGGCUAAGGAGAAUGAAUUGAAGCGGAAAGAGCAGGAGCUUAAAAGAAGAGAAGACGCAAUAGCCCAAUCUGGAGUUGUCAUUGAGGUGAAGAAUUGGCCGGAGUUUUUCCCUCUAAUUCAUCAUGACAUUCCAAACGAGAUUCCAAUUCACUUACAGAAGAUCCAAUACGUCGCAUUCACCACAUUGUUAGGUUUAAUAGGAUGUCUCCUGUGGAAUAUUGUGGCAGUAACUGUAGCUUGGAUCAACGGAGAAGGUCCCACUAUAUGGCUUCUCUCAAUCAUCUACUUCAUUGCUGGGGUCCCUGGGGCUUACGUCUUAUGGUACCGUCCUCUUUACCGAGCUACAAGAACUGAUAGUGCCCUCAAGUUUGGAACUUUUUUCUUGUUUUAUGUGUUUCACAUUGCGUUUUGCGGCUUUGCUGCAGUUGCUCCACCAGUCAUCUUUCAAGGAAAGUCUCUCACAGGUUUCUUGCCAGCACUUGAGCUUCUAACUACUAAUGCCGCAGUUGGUAUAAUGUAUUUCAUUGGUGCGGGGUUCUUCUGCAUCGAAACACUUCUCAAUAUCUGGGUCAUUCAGCAAGUAUAUGCAUACUUCCGAGGGAGUGGCAAAGCUGCAGAGAUGAAGCGCGAAGCUACACAUUCCACAUUGAUGCGUGCACUAUGA